GUCCCUCUUCAGCUCAUCGAGCAUGUGGAGUGUCGGGAUAUGUUCCAGCUUCACGUCACCUGUAAGGACUGUAAAGUCGUCAGGUGUCAGUUCUCCACCAUUGAGCAGUGUCAGGAGUGGCUGAAGCGUCUGAACGUGGUGGUGGCCCCCCCCCCUCGCCUGGAGGAACUCUUCUCCUUCGCCUUCCACGCCUGGUGCAUGGAGGUCUACGCCGGGGAGAAGGAGCAGCACGGGGAGCUCUGCAGACCAGGCGAACACGUCACCUCCUGGUUCAAGAACGAGGUGGAGAGGAUGGGCUUCGACACUCAGAACGCCUGGAGGAUCACAGACAUCAACAGCAAGUUCAGGCUCUGCCCCAGUUACCCUCAGCAGCUCCUGGUUCCCGCCUGGAUCACCGACAAGGAGCUGGAGAACGUGGCGGCUUUCCGCUCCUUGAAGAGGUUCCCUGCUGUGGUUUAUAGGCACCAGACGACGGGGGCAGUGAUCGCCCGCUGCGGCCAGCCGGAGGUGAGCUGGUGGGGCUGGAGGAACGCUGACGAUGAGCACCUGGUUCAAUCCAUCGCUAAAGCCUGCGCUGUGGUGGGAUCCCCCAGGAAGCACCUCGCCAACGGGGGGGGGGGCUACAGCAACGGCACCGACCUGCCAGACACUGACUUUGAGUCCUCGAUGACCCACAGCACGGAGGUGGAGACGUUGGCCUCGCAGCCUCACAAGCUGCUGAUCCUGGACGCUCGCUCCUACGCCGCUGCUGUAGCUAACCGGGCCAAGGGGGGCGGCUGCGAAUGCCCAGAGUACUACCCCAACUGUGAGGUGGUGUUUAUGGGCAUGGCCAACAUCCACUCCAUCCGCAAGAGUUUCCAGUCUCUGCGUUUCCUCUGCACUCAGAUGCCCGAUCCAGCCAACUGGCUGUCUGCUCUGGAGAGCACCAAGUGGCUGCAGAACCUGUCUCUGCUCCUGAAGGCGUCUCUGCUGGUGAUGAACGCCGUGGAGCGGGACCACCGCCCGGUCCUCGUCCACUGCUCCGACGGCUGGGACCGCACGCCUCAGAUCGCCGCUCUGUCCAAGCUGCUGCUGGACCCGUACUACCGCACCAUAGAGGGCUUCCAGGUUCUGGUGGAGACCGACUGGCUGGACUUCGGACAUAAGUUUGCGGACCGCUGCGGCCACGGAGAGAACUCGGAGGACGUGAACGAGCGCUGCCCCGUGUUCCUGCAGUGGCUCGACUGCGUCCACCAGCUGCAGAGGCAGUUCCCCUGCUCCUUCGAGUUCAACGAGGCCUUCCUGGUGAAGCUGGUGCAGCACACCUACUCCGCUCUGUUCGGCACCUUCCUGUGUAACAGUGGGAAGGAGCGUGAGGACCGGCACGUUCAGGAGCGGACCUGCAGCGUGUGGUCGCUGCUGAGGCCGGCCAAUCGGACGCUGAGGAACAUGCUGUACUCCUCACACUCUGAGAUCGUUCUGCACCCGGUGUGUCACGUGCGUAACCUGAUGCUCUGGACGGCCGUCUACCUGCCCAGCUCCUCCCCCACCACGCCCUCCGAUGAGUCCUGCGCCCCCUACCCUGUCCCGGGGGGAAACCCAGAGGACGCUCCGCUGGGAAGACGUCCGAAGACUCGGUCCUUCGACAACCUGCCGAGCGCCUGCGAGCUGAGCGGCUCUCUGCCUCCCAACCGCCGCUCCAGCGACCCGAGCCUCAACGAGAAGUGGCAGGACCACCGGCGCUCGCUGGAGAUCAACAUGGCCGCCGGUCCUGAGGAGGAACCGGAGCAGGAAGAAGUGAUUCCUAACGGGGUGGGGCCUCAUCCGAAGGAGGGAGGGGACUCUGAGCUGGAGGACAGCCCUCAAACCAGGGGGCCGGACGCUGUUAGGGGAAAGGAAGGAGAGGAGGAAGCAAAGGAAGCAAAGGAAGCAAAGGAAGCAAAGGAGGCGGAGCUUUCUGUGGCGGUGGGCGUCGCCGAGGGCCAGGUGGAGAACAUCCUGAAGGAGGCGACGAAGGAGGAGGCGGGAGCAGAGAUGCAGAAAGUGGGAGGAGUUAUUAAUAUCAGUAAGAGUGUGAGUGACAAGGAGGUGAAGGAGGAAGGAGGUGAUCAGUGUGCGAAGGUAAAUGGUAUUCAGGUGGAGAAGGAAGGGUUGGCUAACGGUCACCAUCAAGAGAACGGAGUAACGGAAGCUGAGGAGGAGGAGGAGGAGGAUGAGUGUCCGUCUGUGAAGGAGGAGGAGGAGGAGAAGGAGGCUACUCCAGAGGUGGAGGGUGUAGAAAUGUCUUGUGUACAGGAGGAGGCUGUAAAGGAAGCCGAGCGUCCUGCAGCUCUCAGGACUCUAACCAACGGCUUCACCUCCUCUCCUGAGGAGGAGCCGCUGGACAAGAGAGCCUCCGUGAUGGAGAGCUCCACAGAGACUCUGACGGAGGAGGUCUGCAGCCGGCUGGAGCCCCCCCCCAGGCAGGAGCAGGGUCUGGAGGCGGGGGAGCAGUUCAUCAGGACUUUAAACGGGAAGAGACCCUCGCUGUGUGCCUUUCAGGACCGAGAGGGGCUUUAUAACGGCGACGUCUCCGAGCUCCACGGGGUCAAAGGUAACGGAGAAAGGGCUCCUCUCAGUCGGCAGGUUUCCCUCGCCAGCUGCAGCUCCCUCCCCCCCCGCUGCUCGCUGCAUCGAUGGUGUCAUCACCACGCGCCGCCGAACCGCGCCGCGAUCGUUACCCCCGAGCAGCAGCCGUCUGUCCGCAGCCACCUGGACGACGACGGGCUGACGCUGCACAGCGACGCCGUGCAGACCAGGCUGCGGCAGAUCGAGGCGGGACACCAGCUGGAGGUGGAGACGCUGAAGAAGCAGGUGCAGGAGCUGUGGAGCCGCCUGGAGAGCCAGCACCACUCCCACCGGGUCAACGGGGACACGGGGGACGAGGAGGGGACCUCCAUGACGGACUCAGAGUUCAACCUGGACCCGAACUGUCUGUCUCGCUGCAGCACGGAGCUGUUCUCUGAGGCCAGCUGGGAGCAGGUGGACAGGACGGACACCGAGGUGACGCGCUGGUACCCUGACCACCUGGCUGCUCAGUGUUACGGCUGUGAGAGCAGAUUCUGGCUCGCCACCAGGAAGCAUCACUGCAGUGGCAGGGAGCCUUUCCAGGAGGUCUGGAACUGCGGUAACGUGUUCUGCGCCAGUUGCUGCGAGCAGAAGAUCCCCGUGCCAAGCCAGCAGCUGUUCGAGCCCAGCCGCGUCUGCAACGGUUGUUACGGCAACCUGAAGCUAAGCCCCGCCCCCCUGAAGCUAAGCCCCGCCCCCCCGGAGCUAGAGAAGCGAAACGAUGCACCUGCUGCAGGGAGAAACACCAAAUGUCCUGUAGACUCUUAAGUGUGUGUGUGUGUGUGUGUGCUGCAGGUGUGGAGUGUAUAUACAAAGAGGCUGUGCACAGGGGUGUGUGUGUUUGUGUGUGUGUGGCACUGCUGCACCCCACACACACCCCCGAGGAUGGAGGAGUGAGGAUGGACGUCCUGGAAACGACUGGACGCUGGAGUUUCUGCGUUUCAUCUUUUCAACGACACACUCAUCUCACUCUGGACUCUUUAUUCAUGAAGGUGUGUGUGAUCGGGAAGAAAUCAUGACUUUAAAAAUGUCUGGGGGUUUGUCGCCGUAAAUACUGUCGUCGUACGAUAUAUUGUCCCGUGAACAACUGCCGUAUUAUUGUGUUUAUAAGACCAUUUUGUGCCACUGAUAUAAUGCUACUAGGGAAGUAAACUCGCAUGUACAACCUUUUAAAAAAACAAAGACUAUUCAGACACUUGAAUUUGAUCAACAUAUUCAAAUAAAGGGUAUUUUAAUAAUAUUUUUGAUGAAUAAAUAAAACUAAAACAGUAAAAUACUUUAACAUUUUUAUUUUUAAGUUAUAUUCAGAGAUUGGAAUUUAAUCAAACAUAUGUACAUACCCUUUAUAAACCAAAACAAAUCUGAAUUAAUUAAUCAAGUAUAAAGAUUAUUGGAAUUAAAUUUAGAAAAAAAUUCAAAACACUGAAUAAAUUAGAGACUUAUUUCAAUAAAAAAACAAAGUAAAUAUUAAGAAUAUUCAGACAUUUUAAUAGAAAAACAAUAUUUAAAAUACCCUGAAUUAAUUAGACUUAAUCAAACUAUAUUACAUUUUAAUUAUAAGGAAUAUUAAGACAUUAGAGCAGGAAAUACAUAUUAAAAAUCCUGAAUUAAUAGAGCACUAAAUAUUGUAUAAACGGUUAAUUAUUAAGCAAUUAACCAAAUUAAUAUAUUAAAUAUGGUCUUAUAAUGCUGCAUCAUGUUGGCUUAAAUGUUGGUCAUGUAAACACAAUAAUGUGGAAGUCGAUAUAUAUCCCAUAAUAAGUAGAAACAUUAGUUAUGGUGACAGUCUGAUGAACUCUUAAAGGGCCAGUGCACACACAUUACCAAACCAUGUUUCCUCUCUAACCGUGCUUCUAUAUUUAUUCUAUUUUCCCAGUUUGAGAGAAGUUAAUAAGGGCUUACACUAUAUAUAUAUUUCUGUUGUACACAAAUCCAUUAAAUGUCUGAAGAUAGUGACAUUUGUUCUGGAAAACAAGCUGAUUUUAUUCAAAUCCCUCAUUAUAGUGUACUGGCCCUUUAAGGCUUUAAGGUGUACUGGCCCUUUAAGGCUUUAUGGUGCACUGGCCCAUUAAGGAUUUAUGGUGUACUGGCCCUUUAAGGCUUUAUGGUGCACUGGCCCUUUAAGGCUUUAUGGUGUACUGGCCCUUUAAGGCUGUAUGGUGCACUGGCCCUUUAAGGCUUUAUGGUGCACUGGCCCUUUAAGGCUGUAUGGUGUACUGGCCCUUUAAGACUUUAUGGUGCACUGGCCCUUUAAGGCUUUGUGGUGUACUGGCCCUUUAAGGCUUUAUGGUGCACUGGCCCUUUAAGGCUUUGUGGUGUACUGGCCCUUUAAGGCUUUAUGGUGUACUGGCCCUUUAAGGCUCCCGGCUGAAUCUCUUGAUUGAUGAGUGGGUUUUUAUCGCUUUUGACGCAGAAUUAUUUUGUAUUUUUCUGUGUGAUGUUUGUUGAGAUUCAGAGCAGAGUGCAGACAGGAAGUUGGAGUUUUUAUGAGUUUAUUUUGGUAACACUUUCUAUUAAAAAAACAUAUCUAUAAUGCAUUAUAAACACACUUUAAACUACAAUUCGAAUGCUAAUCAUACCACAUUAUAAAACAUUGUAUUAUGACUUGUAGGUAGUGUCAUAAUCCUUCAUAAUUGCUCUUAAAUUACGGACAUUUCUAUUAAAACAUGUCUUUUUUUACAACUACAGUAAAUCCUUACAAACUUGACCUUUUGCAACAAUUUAAAAUACUUUUGAUCUGAUAGUUGUUGUUAUAAAGCAUUAAGAAUAUUAAAUAGUGCUUAUUUAUGGCUACAAAGUAGUAUUUAUACUCGGUUUACUUUCUAAAUUAUUGGUUUUGUUUAUUUAAUAUUGAAAAACCCAAAUAUUGUCUUUUUUUAUGAUAUAAAACUACGAAAAAACAGCAUUUUCUGACAAGGAUAAUUACUUUAAUGAUUCAAUACUUAUCAAAAUAGUUGGGGAAUUGUAUAUAAAUGUAAUUACACCGGGCUAUAAGCAGAUAAUAAUUGUGUUUAUAAUAGUAUAGACAUGUGCUUCAUAGAAAGUGUCACCAAGAAUGAAUAUCUCCUACGUUAACGAGGGUCUAUUAUCAUUGUUAUUUGUCAGCGAUGUUUUGAACAGCUGAUCGACUGUUAUUCAGCGAGUGUGUAACAAAGUGUGUGUGACAGUGUGUUAUUGUCACACACACGCACACAACAGCCUCCCACUUUUAUUACCCAGCAGGCACUGGGCGUCUCCUCGACUCUUCAGCCUCUCACAGGAAGUUUAACACCUCCACAAAAAAAAAAUUGAAAUGUUAAAGCUCGUCAUUUGUGAUUGGGCGUUUUAAUCAUGACAUCACAGGUGUUCUCCGCUCUGAUUGGCUGAGGCGUGGAAGAGCGUAGGCAGAAAGGGCUCUUUAAGAAGUAGAGGGUGUUUCUCAAUGUCGAGGACGCUUCCUUGGUAGGACAUGUCAGGUCCUUCAGAAGCUAGGCAAGGAUCCGUCCUGUCAAUCGGAGAACGAUGAAUGGAACAGGCUAGCAAGUGUGUCAUAUGAGAGGCCCCCGCCUUACAUUUUCCGCCAAAGAUUUGGGAAAUUGGUCUGUGCGCAAAGCAUUGUGGGGAUUUUAAGACCGCGGAGGAUACACCGGUGCAGCCUCGAAAUUUUCCGCAACGAAGGAUUCAGUCCUCUGUAGAAUUCCAAGGAUCCUGGACAUUGGAACAGUCUUUCGGCGGGACUCGACGUAGCAUCCUUGAAAUAGUGGCUCUGGAGGAUCCUUCCUCGACAUUGAGAAACACCCAGAGACUCAAGCACCAUCCAAUGACCUCCUCGCACACACACACUUUGUUUUUUGUAAGAUAAGUGAAUAAAAUAAUAUAUUCAGAUAUAGCAUUUAAGACAAAUGUAUAGAAUCCUUGAAUAGUGGCUCACUUGAUUAGUCACCAAAGGUUUUUUGUUUUUUUAUUUCUUUGUUUUUCUUAUGUUGUUUAAUUGAGAAGAAAUAUCAUUUGUUGAUGACAGGUGUUUUUGUUUUUUUAAAUAGAGAAGCAGGACGUCCUGUUUCGAUGCUGCAGUGGUUUUUCCCUUUCAAAUGAUUUCACUUGAGUUGUUGAAUUGCUGUUUAAAAAAAAGAAAAGAAACCCAGACAAUUGAAAUUGCCACAGGAUAAUCAGUGUUGAUGCUUCCUCUGUUUUACCCUGUUUUAUAUCAGCCAAUCACAAGAGGAUGUGUACAUCUAAAGGGGUUAGCAUUUAGCAUCGUUAGCAUAUUGAAAUCAUCAGUGUGUGCGGCCGGUGAGACGUCUAUGCACUGAGAGGUCCCGAAAAUAAAUACCCCCCCCCCCCUCACUCACACACCAUUACACCCAUCUACAAACACUACCUCUACUUUAUACACACACACACACACACACACACACACUAUUAUUAGCUCACACACCACGCAGAACUGCCUUUGUUAUUGUAUUUUCCCUUAAAGGUACAGUACACAUUUUAAUUUUAUUUUCAAAUCUUUUUUUGGGGGGGAUUUACGAUCUUUUAAUCCCCCGUUUGGACUAUCAGAGGAAUUUAAAACGUUGUGAUGACUCAUUGAACCGAAGCGAAGUGUUUCCUCUCCGCCCUCCUGUGUUGGUGGUGUUUAACUCAGCAGCUCCACCUUUAAUCCUAGACAUCACAGAGACACCUGGCCGCUGUCGUUUCUGUUAAUUUGUACAAAACACUCAAAAACAGCGGCUUUAAAUGCUGACAUUAUGUGUAUAUAAUGCUACUGCCUCUGAUUUCACAUCUAAAGUAUAUAUUUGCGUAAAUCUGACCUGGGAUCCUAUUUAGAUAUUUUUUCAUAGAAUUUACAUUUUUUUAUUUUAUUUUCAGGCUGCUGUAUUUUUAUUAUAUUUUUAUGUAGUUUCAGAUUUAAGUGAUGCAAAUAUUUGCCAAAAACUUUUUCUGAAUUAAUUUCAAUAUUUUUUUGUUGGCUAAAAAAUACAAAAAUUGGUACAAAAUGCAGAUUUUUUUAAUUUGAAUUAACUCAUUUAAUUGGAUGUUUUUCUAUACAUAUGCAUCAUUCACACUUCCAUAGCUUCAUUCAAGAACCUUAAUACUUAAGGAGUCUUAAAAAAAUAAUCACAAAUAAUAAUUUAAAAAGUGGUAAAGCCCUAAUAACUCUUAGUUAAUUGUGAAUAAUAAAUAUUAAUGUAAAACAUCCAAAUGAGACGCUCAACAUUUUAAAUUAACUAAUUUGGUACGGACUUAAUAAUUCUUAUUAAUCGUUAUUCUUUUCCAAAUCUCCCAAAUAAAUAUUAAUUUGUCUUAAAUAUUGAAAGAAAAUUAUUGUGAACACUUCAUCACCUUUUAAAUACAGAUUUAAUUAGAAAGAAAUAAGACGUCCCUUUACACCACCCUCACAGGCCGGGGCUCAUCCACCAAUCCAUGAAUGUGAAACGUCUUAAAAUAUAUAUUUUGCACACGACACAAAGUAGACACUGCCACAGGGUGCGUCACAGCAGAGCUGAGAGUGUUGCUUUUCACUAUUGUAAAGCGAGUGUGUGUAAACAUGUGGUCAUCACACACACACACACACACACAUCCCUCGCUGUGCUUUUAUUUUUAUUCUCCUCCUAGGAAGUUCUCUUUCUGCAUUUGUUGUUUUAUUUCUCUAACUCACGCUGACUGCUAAGGCCCAGUCAUCACCUGAGUGUGUGUGUCUGUGUGUGUGUGUGUGUGUGUGUGUGUGAAUGCAUCGAGUGUGUGUGUGUGUGAAUGCAUUGAGUGUGUGUGUGUGUCUCUUUUAGUGGAGACUGGUGCCAAGCAGUGUAGUGUCGGGUCUCUCACAGAACGACAGCUCGUGCUUCAGUUUGAGUUUUUCUCCGGUCUGUUUUUUCGAAGCACUUUGAACCUCCUCCGGAGUGUGUGAGGAGUGUGUAGCUGUACAUAGCGACUUCCUGUAACAACAAGUGCUCCUCGUUCAGUCUGAAUAUUUUGUUUCUGUCGGUUUUACUUUUAAAGAGCAUUUCAUUGUUGUAGAAUUAAAGGAGAAAUAAACUAGAUAAACCUA